AUGAAUAAACUCAAGAGUAGCGCAAGGCAGCAGAAAGAGGAAGCUCGUUUCACCUCGACACCAGCGACUAUAACUACUCCCAAACCAAAUACCCCGGCAGAUGCCAAGUUUCGGAGCCAGACACUUAAAAUUGUUGUCAUUGCACUCUUGAUUGAUAUUCUUGCCUUCACGAUUAUCUUACCGCUCUUUCCUAGACUCAUUGCGCAUUAUGAGACUGUGGAUGGACAAAAUCCAGAAUCGUUCUAUUACUCUGCCGCAAUGGCAGUCAAGGCAUUUCGUGAACGAAUCGGUGGUUCUGGAUCUAGGCUUGAUAUUAUUCUGUUUGGCGGAUUCCUUGGAUCUCUGUUUUCGUUUCUGCAGUUUCUUAGUAGCCCUAUUAUUGGCAAUCUUAGUGAUAGAUUUGGUCGUCGAAAUGUCUUGUUGAUCAGUAUGAUUGGAAAUGCUGUUUCAAUGUUGCUUUGGAUCUUUUCGGGAUCUUUUACGGUUUUUGUUUGGUCACGUAUUAUUGGAGGUCUGACUGAAGGGAAUGUUCAAAUGUCCAUUGCCAUCAUCUCUGAUAUUACAUCGCCUAAAGAUCGCUCCAAAGCCUUGGCAUGGGUUGGCAUAUCGUUUGCGCUUGGAUUCACUAUCGGGCCUCCUUUAGGGGCAUAUCUUGCAUCGUUUGAUAUUCAUCAGAUAUAUCCCUAUCUUCCAGUGAAUCGAUACUCUAGUCCGGCUUUGUUUGCUUUUGGAUUGAUUGCCUUUGAGACUGUGUAUCUGUAUGCAUAUCUUCCCGAGACCAGCUCCCUAUCGAUGGCGGGUGAUUUUACAAAUGCUUCAUCUCAAGAACCAUCUACAAAAGUCAAUGCAACCUCGAAAUCAUCCAAAACCACUACCUCGACCUCUCAUUCCAGAUCGACCUCUUCAAAGGAUUCAAAAAAUAGGCUAUCUGUGCUGUCACUGAUUCACUUUGCUUUUCUGUUUAGUUUUUCUGGAAUGGAAUUUACUCUAACAUUUUUGACCCACGAUCGGUUUGAUUUUACACCCGUUCAACAAGGAAAAUUGCUUGCGUUUAUGGGUGUUUUGUCUGCAUUGAUUCAAGGUGGAUAUGUCCGUCGUGUUUCCCACAAAUAUGUUUCUGAACAAACAUUGAUUCUUCAAGGGAUUAUAUCCUGUGCAAUUGGAUUACUUGUUGUUGGUGUAUGGGCAACGAAUAUUACACGAUUGUACAUUGGUGUAGCGUUUUUGGCAUUUACCAGUGGAACUGUGGUGAAUUCGUUGACCUCGUUGGCUAGUUUGGUAAACCAAGACUCUGAUGAACAUUCUGGACAUUCCACUGAAACAAAGAGCAAUCGUGGGCAUACUUUGGGUGUUUUCAGAUCUCACGGUCAACUUGGUCGAUCUAUUGGUCCUAUUUUAGCAUGUAGUGGAUAUUGGAUUGCUGGGAGUAGUAAUAUGUAUAUGGCUGCUACCGGUGUUAUGGCUCUACUGGGUUUGGUUGUGUAUUUUAUGAUUCCAAGGCCUGCAUUAAAGCCGAUGAAACAAGAUUAA